AUGAGGUUUGAGCUUCUGCUCGACCGAUUUGCCGCCCGGUCGGGCCUCCGACAAGCACACGGCUUCAAACCGACAUCAUUCAUCCCCCGGCCGCAAUGCGCGCGACAGCUGCAUACGCCGCGCCAAAUACCGUGGCGCGGCGGCAGACGCAGCAACGGCUCUGCGCUCCGGGCUUCGGCCGGCGCAGCCGCAAUCGGCACGGCAACGUUUGUCGAACUCGCGCGCAAAGAUAACGGCGGUACCGACCAGACGGGCGAGCACCGCAUGCUGGAGCUGUCACGAGAGGAGAUUGCGAAAACAAUAGACGACAACGACCGCGGGCUGUCGCGAAUCGUGCACAAGGUCACGCUGUUUAUAGACUUGUAUAUUUGGGAGCCGAUUUUUACGGGUGUGCGGUUCCUCCACCUGGUGGUCAUCUUCGUGCCGGUCAUUGUUUCCGUGCCCAUCAUGUGGCUCGGUCGCCGCCUCCCGGAGCGGGACAAUGAGCGCCAGGGCACGCUGUUGUGGUAUAGCUUUCUAGUCAAGGCCAUGGAGCUGGCAGGCCCGGCGUUCAUCAAGCUCGGCCAGUGGGCGGCGUCGCGCUCCGACAUCUUCCCCAACGAGCUGUGCGACACAAUGUCCAAGCUACACUCGAAUGCGCCUGCCCACUCGAUGCGGGUGACGCGGGCGACACUCGAAGCGGCGUUUGGCGGCCGUCCGUUUGAAGAGAUUUUCGACGAGUUUGACGAGAAGCCGCUCGGCGUCGGCGCGAUUGCGCAGGUAUACAAAGCCAAGCUGAAGCCGGACCUGACUUCACCGGCCGACUCUGAUAUUGUCACCAACAAGCAAAUGUCGGAAAAUGUCAAGCAUCAUGUGAAAACGGUGCUCCUGAGCUCUCCUAGCCGCGUGCCGUCGACGUACGUGGCUAUCAAGGUCCUGCAUCCCCAUGUUGAGCGGACAGUUAGACGCGACUUGCGCAUCAUGGGGUUCUUUGCUUCCAUGCUUAAUGCCAUUCCGACAAUUGAGUGGCUGUCUUUGCCGGGCGAGGUGGAACAGUUUGGAGAAAUGAUGAAGCUGCAGCUUGAUCUGCGCAUUGAGGCGGCGAACCUGGCCACCUUUCGACAAAACUUCAAGGACCGAUCCACCGCCUGGUUCCCGUACCCCUACACAGACUUUACAACUCGCAACGUGCUGAUCGAAGAGUUCGCCCAAGGCAUCCCGCUCGCCGACUUUAUGGAGAAUGGCGGUGGCGUGUUCCAGCACGACAUUGCCGACGAGGGCCUGGAUGCCUUUCUCCGCAUGCUGCUACUCGACAACUUUGUCCACGCCGACCUGCACCCCGGCAACAUCAUGGUGCGCUUCUACCGCUCCGCCAAGCCGGAACUGCCAGAGCUUCCCAUGCGGCAGGCGCCGGACGUGCCGCCCGCCGCCAACGACCCAUCCGACGUGACCGAAGAGGUGCUGGAGCGCCUGCGGCCGUACCGCAAGGACCGCGACGCAUGGCAGACGGAGCUCGCCAAAAUUGACGACGAGGGCUUCCGGCCGCAGCUCGUCUUCAUCGACACGGGUCUCGUCACGGAGCUCAACGCGACGAACCGCAAAAACUUCCUGGACCUGUUCCGCGCCGUGGCCGAGUUUGACGGCUACAAGGCCGGCCACCUCAUGUGCGAGCGCUGCCGGCAGCCCGAGGCCGUGCUAGACAAGGAGGUCUUUGCGCUCAAGAUGCAGCACCUCGUCCUCAGCGUCAAGAGCCGCACGCUCGCGCUCGGCAACGUCAAGAUUGGCGACAUCCUGCAGCAGGUGCUCGCCAUGGUCCGCGGCCACCACGUCCGCCUCGAGGGCGACUUUGUCAACGUCGUCAUCAGCAUCCUGCUGCUCGAGGGCAUCGGCCGCAGCCUCAACCCGGACGUCGACCUGCUCAGCAGCUCCCUGCCCAUCCUGCGCCAGCUCAGCACGCAGGGCGGCGCGGGCGGCGUCGGCGACUUUUCCAUGAUCCUCCUGUGGGUCGGCCUGGAGACGAGAAAGUUCCUGCAGGCAAGCAUAGAAGACGUUGAACGAUGUGUCAAAUACGAUCUUUUGUCUCCCAACGUUUAG